AUGUUUGACAAUGARAAAUUUAUUAUUGAAAUUUCUGGAGAAGAAUGUCUUUGGAACACAAAAAAUACAGUUACUAAUUUUGAUGACAUUAAUGUCAAACAACGCACAUUUUCUACGCAAUAUUAUUUUGUUAUGAGCCCAACUGGUAUUAAAAUACCCAGAUCAUGGUUGUGCUAUUCAGUUGAUCUGAAYAGAGUUUAUUGUGAAACUUGUUGGCUAUUUGCAGACAGAAACUAUCCUAAAUUUAAUUUAAAUUGGAUAAAUGGCUUGAAUGAUUGGCAGCAUUUGUCACAGAAAAUUAAAGCACAUGAAAUAUCUAUUCAACACAUUAAUGCUGUCAAAGUCCGAAUCCUUUGGGUAAAAAAUCAGACCAUUGAUAAACAACUCGAAGAGCACAUUUCAUUAGAAGCAAAAUAUUGGAGAGAUGUUCUUACCCGAAUUAUUAAGAUCAUAUUAUUUUUGACAUCGGGAAAUACCGCUCUUCGUGGUAACGAGGGAAAAUCAGGUACUAGUAGAGAGGAUGAAGGGAAUUUUUUGCGUACAGUCAGAUUAGUAGCUGAUUUUGAUCCAGUUUUAAACAAACUUUUGAGUGACGAAGAAACUCGAGUUAAGUACUUGAGUUGGAAGGUUCAAAAUGAAAUYAUUGAUUUAUUAGCAACAAGCAUGAGAAAAAUUAUAUGUGACGAAAUUCGAUAUAGUCAAUGUUACACAAUUAUUAUGGAUUCCACCCAGGACAUUUCAAAAACAGAUCAGGUUAGUUUCAUACURCGUUAUGCAGUAGUGAACUAUGCUGACUGUACGUUUGAAAUAAAAGAAUCAUUUUUAGGAUUUUUUACAUUGAACCACCAUGGAGCAGAAGCUCAUGUAAAUUUAAUUAAAUAUAUACUUAAUAUGUUUAAUUUAGAAUUGAGCAAAUGUCGARGACAAGGCUAUGAUGGCGCAGCCGUCAUGAGUGGUAGCCAUUYAGGUGUACAAAAAAGAAUCAGUGAUAUAAUUCCUAGUGCAUCCUAUGUUCACUGCAAUGCACAUAACUUAAAUUUAGUUUUAUGUGAUUUGGCUAAAAGUACACCAAAAGUGUCACAAUUUUUUGAUACUCUACAAGAUAUAUUCUUAUUUUAUAGUAAAUCAGCACCUAGAUGGGCAUCAUUAGCUCUAGGGGAUUCUGUUGCUAAAAUUGUUUUAAAGAAGGUAUGUACUACCAGAUGGGAGGCUAAGCAUAAAGCUGUGUAUGCUCUGAAAACUAGAUUCAUAGAUGUAUUAAAGUCACUAUCCAAUUUAUCUUUAACAAGUCUCAAAACUGAUGAAAAAUUAAAAGCAAGCUCAUUGAAGAAAAAAAUUGAAUCUWAUGAAUUUGUCUUAUUAUUAACUAUUUGGGAAAAUAUAUUGAGAAGUUUUAAUYUAGUAUCUAAAAAAUUACAAUCCUCCGAUAUUCRUCUUCAUAAUGCAUGUAAUUAUUUGAAAGAGGCUACAUCUAGUAUUACAAAUUUAAGAGACAAAUAUGAAGAAUUUGUUAAUUCAUCAAAUACUGUAUGUAAAGGAUGGGGCAUACCAAUUCAAUCUACUGUCCGACGCCGUAUUUAUUCAAAACRAUUUUUUGACGAUGUUGAUGGUGAUAGAAGACUUGACAUUACCAGUGAAAACUUCAGAGUAUUAGUUUUUUUACCUAUAAUUGAUACAGCAAUUGUUCAAYUUAGAGAAAGAUUCAACAGUUUAUAUGAA